AUGUCCCAAACAUUCACCCCCGCCGACGUGGCCACCCACAACACCCCCGACAAAGGCCUCUACAUCAUCGUCGACAGCAACGUCUUCGACGUAACCAACUUCAUCGACGAACACCCCGGCGGUGCAAAGAUCCUGAAGCGCGUAGCAGGAAAGGACGCAUCCAAGCAAUUCUGGAAGGUGAGACAUUUCCUUCGGACAUUCGGCCGAGAGUCGGCAUUUGAGAUUCCCGCUUCGGUAACUAAUGACCCGACAGUACCACAAUGA